UCGACACACACAUCCCACAAAGCCACACCCUUCUUCACCAAACCAACCAAGUUACUAUCCCAGCUCCACCCUCCCCACUACUCCUGUGAGUAACCUGUGCCGCUAAUCCAUCACCCCUGAACUUACCUGCCUGGACUGACUGCAGGAGUAGAAACCCACUACUAGAGGUGGAGAUGGGUUACUGAACUGGUGAACAACACACACUCACACACCGUUCUCCAAGGGUCCCCAUGCACGAUUCAUCUUUCUUUUCUUUUUCUUUUCUUUUCUCUCUCUCUCUCUCUCUCUCUCUCUGUUUGUUACCAUGAAGUGAUGGAUUGGCUGGGUGGAGAUUGUGGAAUGAUGAGAUGGAUUUUGUGAUUUGGAGGUAUUGUUGUGUUUGGGUAUUUUGGUGGUGUGGUGAGUCACGGAGGGAGUAGGGGAUCUAGGGGACUGAUCCAAGAAAGGGGCUGUCAACGAGGGAGACGAGGGAAAGAUAGAGAAAGUGAGUGAGUGUGUGUGUGUGUGUUGUAGCAAGAAGCGCCGUCGUAGAGGUGUACGUGGAAGUGAAAUGGAAGUGCUGGCCACAAUGAGGCGGAUUCACUGAACAGUCUGAUCCACAAUAUUUCCCCCCCCCCCCUCCCCCGGAAAUCAGUGUGGGGAAGAUAAUAAUUAAUCAUGUGUCGCAGGUGGGAAAGGAGACUCAACCCCCCUCCACGCAGGAGGUGGAUGUUAAUUUAGCGAGAAAUAGCUGAAAGCUGCAGGGAUCAGCAGCUGGCAGAGAGACUCAGGAGGAAUGCCAGCAAUGAGAGGAAGCUGUUGGAACCCGGAAGAUGGUUCAGAUGGGUAGGAGAGGGAGAGGGGGAGAAACAUGAGUUUGUGUCGAAAAGGUUCUCAUCGUGGCAAAUAGCGAAUGAAUGUGAUGGCAGUGAAAAGUUGGAGGAGAUUGUGAGGGGCCAAGUAAAGUUGCUUACCGAUGGGAUAUACUGUUGUUGUUGAUGAUGAUGAUGAUGAUGAUUAUAAGCAGACUCCGGCGGCAUGACAUGGCUAGCGAGAGUCUGAAUGGCGUGGUAAUAAAGGGUUAAUUGGCUCGGAAAAGGUGGUUGUUUGAGCGGGUAAAACGGAAGCUAGCCGGGAGGAGAAUUAGGGUGGGGUGCUGAGAUAGGCAGAAGUGUAGCGAGACGAGAAAGAGAGAAAGAUAGAGAAGGGCAUCGAAAUACCAAAUUAAUGGCCGUUAUGGCCGGCAUGUUUUGGGUUGGCACGAGAGCUUAAUGAGUGGCUGGCCAGUAAGUGCUACAUACUAGGCCAGGGGAGUACAUGUCAGCUCGAGAGUCGUAGAGCUUGAGCAGAUUUCAGUGUGGGGCCGAGGAUCGGCACAAGUUUGCAUUUAAGGGCCACAACUGGUGAUCGAAUAUAUGUGAAGACUGGGUUGGGUACUGCUUACAGUCGCAGGUUUUUUGCAGUGAAGAGAGUGGAGAGCAGAGAUAUCGUUAAGCCCCCCUCCCUCCCCCCUUUUUGAGUCCUCAUCUUCGUCGUAGCCGUUCCCCUGAAGGAUUCGAAAGCCUGCCUGCUGAUCUUGAUGCAUCCGGCAUGAGUGAUUGCCUCGUGUCUGCAUGCCGCUUAUGUUAAGACAUCCAGUUUUAUCGAGGUUUUUUUUAACGUCACUCUUCCCAAGUAUUCGAGGACCUUACGAAGCCGAUUGCAUCUUCGAUUGGCUGCUCUAUCAUUUGCCUCAAACUCAUUUUGGAAAGCAUUCGCACCAGUAAGAAAUUCUAACGAGACAGUUGCCUUGAACGUGGUCAUUUAAUGUGAAGAGAGCACACAGCAUGGAUUGAAUUCCUUUGCCGUGCUAGCAGACCUUGCUCCCAACUUCAAUGAGCCUAUUUUGUUGCAUGUCGUCAUGAUGUCUCACGCUUUUCUCCUGAACCGUGUUAGCUGUCGAAACUGGUCAGUUGCUGUCAUAUCUACAAUGGAUCAUACUGUCCAGCGCAUAAAACAGACAUGCCCAAAAUCAUGCUGUUUGUACCGAUUACUGGUUAUGACUCAUAGCGAAUGUAGAUUUCGCGUCGACGCCGCACUUGGUCAUCAACUGGCUUGGACAAGUUGGACAUAUAAUGAUGCUAGAAUCAGUUGUGUCUAAUUCCUAUCGUUUUCUUUUUUCUUUUUUCGUAACCUUCAUGUUUGAGGGUGAUGCGAUGUGGACAGUGGGCAGCUUUGAUCAGCUAAUAGCUUGGGAAGCGAACUUCAACAUAUAAAGUCCAACUUAGUAAUAUAUAUUUUUCCGCGUAGUUUUGAGUACGAGCUCGCCACUGCGGUUUGAGCAAUGCUAAGAGUUGAUGUAAAUAUGUAUCACCUUUUGGAGUUUCUACGCUUUCUUAGGAGCGUUCAGUAACGGACUUGUGGGUCAAGCUUGAGGACUAAAUCCUUGAGGUGCUGAGUCCUGGCGUCGGCUUCCUGAGGGACGGCACACGAGGUGAGACACGACCAAGCCGGAUGGAUGCUGAUGAUGCGGUCAGUCUCCAGAUCAUGAGUGUCCUUGCACCGGCAUAUAAUUUGCCUUGGUCACUCGCAUUCAAUCUUCCCUCGUUUUCCAGACGUGCCCAACUUGAUGAUCCUUUCGUCUCCUAAGGAUUGGCCUUGCCUGUUGGAACAUGUGGCGAGGAACCGUAGGUGAUGUCUUCUCAUGGAAGCUACUCAGGCAGCAAUAAUCACAACAAGAAAGACUGGGGACAAAGUGGGUACCAGCCACAGUAUUCGGGGACUUACAACAAUGAAUCGCAACCAGUCCAAGAAGGAAUGAUCACCCAACCUUCUGUGGGCCGCUUCACGGAGAAAGAAAAAGCCAGUGCCAUGUUUGUCCGCAAACCGGCUCCCCCAGCAUUGGUGCCCGCCGGGCAGAGCGGCAUGGGGGGGUCAGGGAGCAGCAAUUCAAGUGGCAUUGUAAAUCUAAGAGCAGCCCCACGUGCUGAGGGAAAGAUGAACAAGAAUACCACGAAGGGAAAGAAGUGACGAAAUUUUUUUUGUGGCCAAGUAGAGAGAAGAUUUUUUUUUUUUUUUUUUUUUUUUUUUUUUUGAGUUCCAUGACACGUCGAUGGUAAUGAUGUUGAGCGAGUUAAUUUAUAUAAAACAAUCUACUUGGUUACAUGCAGUUUUGUGAGUGCAGUUGCUAAAGUAAACCUAUACAAAUAAGCGCUGGCAUAGCAUGUAUGCCUUUUUCGUGAUUCAUUAUGUUGGGAACGGAAUAAAUUAUUCAUUGUUGAGUUUUGAAAAUUCAUUUUACAUUUUA